AUGCUGCUAUUCUUCCUGUUCAUUCAAGCUGUUUUAACGAGUCAAUAUGGAAAGGAGCUUACGUUAGAAGAAACCGAAAAACUCACAGGUUCAGCACUAGAAGACUAUUUGAAGAAGCAUCAGACUUUGUUUCAGGUUGGAAGGACACCUGCAGCCGAGGAAGGAAUGAAACAUUUGAUGGAUUUAAAGUAUUUGGAAAUUCCUGGUGAUGUAGAAAAGGUAAAAAUAGAGACCGAUGAGGAACCACCGGGCCAAAAGACCCGACUUUCAAAAAAUUUUGCAUCGUUCUAUACUUCUUUGAGCGUUGAGCCGCAAUCCAAGAUUGGUAUAAUGGUUUAUGAGGCUUACGCUUCGCUUAAAGCCUUUGAUAUAUAG